AUGGCAGGAGCAUACCAGGCCCGUGGGCCCACAUGCUCGGCCGGGACCUCAGUUCGUAAAUCUCCCGCCAUCGCGCUACAACAGGCAUGCCAUCGGCGUCGCCCCCCUUCAAGCUGCUCCUCCUCCCCACCACGCAGAAGACAUAGCAACCGCGCCGAGUGCCGGCCUGCUAGGACCCGGAUGGGGCUUGCAGGGCCCAGAUCUGGACCGGUAGCGUGCUGUCGGCCACCCCACGCCACCAUGUGGCCCUGCUGCCAAGGAGCAGUGCCGCCACCUCACCCGCCGCCGGUCACCACCACUGGGUCACCGGACCGCUACCAAGCCGAGCUGCCCCGGAAAGGGGAAACACGGACGCGGGGAAAGGAGAUCCCAUCGCCACCGACACCACCUGGGCCAGGGCCGGGGGCGCCCGCCGACGGCGGAGGGUUGGGGAGGAGGGAGGAGGGGCUGGCAAAGGAAGGAGCUCGGGCCGACCCGGCCGCCUCCCGAGGAGGCGACGCAAGUACUCCUAGUAAGUACGUCGGCCCGUCCAUCAAAUCGGGAGACCCCAAACGGCGCACGUUCGGAUCGCUCCGCCGCCGCCAUGAUAGGACGCGGGAGCGCGCGCCACGGCCGCAGCAGGCCGCCGCCCCGCAAGUUCAAGUCGUCUUCCGCGUCGGCCCCAUCAUCGGCACCGGCUCCUUCGGGGAGAUCUACCAUGGCACGGACGCCGAGACCAAGGAGGAGGUCGCCAUCAAGCUCGAAUCUCUGAGGGCGAGGUUCCCCCAGCUCAUCUACGAGGCCAAGGUCUACAGGCAACUCCAAGGACAAACCGGGAUUCCAAAUGUGAGGUGGUUCGGCGUCGAGGGCGACUACAGCGCCCUGGUCAUGGACCUGUUGGGUGCCAACCUCCAGGAGCUCUUUGAGUCGUGCGACGCCAACUUCUCCCUCAAGACCGUCCUCAUGCUCGCCGACCAAAUGAUUGAUCGGGUCGAGUGCCUCCAUGUCAACUCUUUCCUACACAAGGACAUCAAGCCGCAAAACUUCCUCAUGGGCCGCGGCAAGAGCGCCAAUCUGGUUCAUCUUAUAGAUUUCGGAAUCGCGAGGAAGUACAUGGAGAUGUCCAAGCACGGCAAGCAGCACAUCCCAUACAGGGAUGACAUGAUGGGCCUGCAAGGAACACCGAGAUACGCCAGCAUAAACAACCAUCUCGGAAUCGAGCAAAGCCGGAGGGAUGACCUAGAAUCCAUGGGCUACAUGCUGCUCUACUUCCUCCGAGGAAGCCUCCCAUGGCAGGAUGCGGACGCCGGGAACCACAGGGAGACGCACGACAUGAUCAAGGACAUGAAGGUGGCCACAUCGCCUCAAGAGCUCUGCCGCGGGCAUCCAACCGAAUUUGCGUCCUUCCUCGUCUACUGCCGCUCGCUGGGUUUCGAGGACGAGCCCGACUAUGGCUACCUCAGGAAGCUGUUCAAAGACCUUUUCGUUCGACAAGGCUUGGAGUAUGACUAUGUUUAUGAUUGGAUGGUUCCCCGCCAUUAUUACAAAGACGACGACUACCGGUACUGAGUUUUCUCUUUGUAAAGAUAAAGAGCGAGGAUGCAAUCCAGGAGCUAGCCAUGGAUACCGGCGACUACAGGUUGUGCAUGCAUGUUGCCGAGUUUGUUUCGCGACUAGCUAUAUAUGCAAGCAAGAUUUUGUUUAUUU